AUGUCUGAGCUGCCGCAUGCCGUGGUGAACGGUGCGUACCUCUUCCUUGUGCUGCAACUUCUUUUUCUGCUGGCAGUCGUGUGGCAGAGCGUCGUCGCAGCGAGUCUUCUGUUUUCGUUUGUGUCCCUCUCCUGUCUGGAGUCAGUGACCUGGGGCGUGCUGGACUCGGGGAAGCAGCAGCACCAGUCUCUGAGUGCUGAGGUCGUGGUCGCUAGGUCCUCAACCGCAGAUGUAGGCCGAAAAGAGAAGGACGGAGACACAGAGGCGUUUGUGUCCGCGCUGUACGCCACACACGAGUCGCCUGCGCCCGACAGCUGCCGUGCAUCUCAUUACCGCUGCACGCCACCACCACCAAGCGAAGAACGCAGUUCUGUCGCGAUCGCGAGCUGCAUGGAGCGCGACGGUGACCUUGCGUCACCUGUCAUGGGCCCUCCGAGUACGAAUCGUGAACGCGAGCCUUGCAGAGAUGCGGGCAACAUCUCUGCAGAGCCGUACUCUCCUAUUCAAAACGGCGCCGACGACACACUCAUCUAUUUCUCCUCCGCAUUGGACAAGCCGAAGACGGAGAAGCAAAUCGUCGAGAACGUGCACACUCAAGGUGACCAAGGCGACGCACAAGCGGAGAUGCAGCACGGGCGACGUGGCGCACCGGUAUCCCGGUCUCAGAUGCGCGUGCAGUCCUUCUACCUAGCGCCGCGCAGCGACUGGGUGUUCGCAACAGCAGUCAUCAGUCUCGCCACGGUGUGCGCGUCGGUCGUCCUUUUCGAGCUUCUCCACUCGUCUGUGCAAGUCGAUCCGUCCCCCGCCGGCUCUGUCUUGCCUGGAUGGGCCACCACACCAGCGGCCAAGUCGCUCCUUACCGUUUGUGUGGGCAUUCAAGUGGACAGUUCGAAUGUAAGGCGGCGUUUUUAUGAGGCGACUGCUUGCCUCUCCGUCGUGACUUUGACGAGCUGGUGCUUGCUUCUCUGCCGGGCACUGGGCCGGUGCGUACAAGGGACUCACAAAGCCGCGUCUUUUGUUGCCGCUGGUUCGCGUGUGACGACCACCUCCAGGUUGUCGCGCGUACGAGUCUGGUGGAGCACGGCAUUGCGACUCUUCGCUGGCGUUGUCACGUCUGCGCCCUACUCCUUGGGGUGGGUGGGUGCAGCGGGUGUCGGACAAGGGACCGCGUUGGGGCUGCUUUCUGUGGCUGUGGUGAUGGUGGUGCUGCUUCUCUCCUCGAAUGUUGGGCAGGUUCAAAGACAGCGCGUGGGUCACCCCCGUCGACGGUUGUGGGUCCCCUACACCUGCAUGCUCCUGUGUCUUUGGGAAGUGCAAAUGGUCGUUCUGCUGCCACCAGUGCAACACUCACUCAAAGCGAGAAGUGUGUGGGCCAGGCACGGCCGCUGGCUCGUUGCUGUCGGCGCAGUGCCAGCAGCGUCCCACAACUCGGUGCUCCGCUGGCGUAUCGUCCAGGCCAUUGGACUGUGGUGGGCCGGGACGGAGUUUGUCUGCUACCACGCCGCCACCCCCGCGACUUCCCAGGUGACGCGCCUCAAAGGCGGACAGAAGCAGCGAGCGCUUCUUUUGCAAGGACUUGCGCAGCGGGAUGAAAAUCAGUGGUCACGUGCCGUCAACCAGCAGCGCGCGGCACACGGCAAACUGCAGCAGCUUCGGCUUGAGCGAGACGCCUAUCUUUAUCGACCUUAUCGAGCAGGUAGCAACGAUUCGUGGCGACACGCGCAACGCGACGAGUCGCGCAGGAGCGGGCAUGCGCCGUUUGGCAGCAACGCUAGUCACUGUUGCUGGCUCUGCAGAGAAUACCCACAGCACCUACCGACCUCCAUCGGUGGCGGCCGUCGCGACAGGCACGGGUGCAACCCGACCCUCUUCCACAAUGGACCUUCCCCUUCCAGCGCUGCAGGGGUGCACGGGCACGACACUUGUUGGACUGCGGAUGCAGUGGAAAGCAGUUUGCUCUACUCGAACACCUCCGUGUACGACUGCCUCGCGGGGAUGCGUGCGCCGUGGCAGUACUCCGAGAACGCCUCAGCGCAGCCGAGCCUGCCGAGCGCGGAAGGCGACUCCGCAGCUGUGCUGAUCACCGAGACCCCAGCCGUGGUGCUGAGCGAAAGCGCGGCCGAACCGCUGAAGCGCCACGACCCCGAGGUGGAGCCUUCGCUGUACAUGUGGCAGGGGUGGGCCCGGGCGUCAACACGAAGUCUGAAUAGAGACGGAGUGGACGGAGACGAGGAUGACACUGACGUCCGCCAUAGCAGCUGUGGGGCAUACAGCAACGGAGAGCACCGCCCGUAUCGGUGGGGCCCGCCUCCGUCAAACUCGAGUGCGCACUCCCCUUACACCUUUUCUGUUGCCACGUCAGGCCCCCGCGCGGGCCACGCGAGGUUGCAUGGGGCCGCUUACGCGAAUGCCACGCCGCGUCAGAACGGCAGUGGCGGCGGUUUCUCCAGUGCACGGUGGCCGUCGAUGGUCCAUGGCACAUCAGUCGACAUAUCUGCGGUCGACUAUGCAUCAUCGUUCGCGGAAGAGGCUGCGCACCAACAUCCGUCCUUGUGGCUGGAAGAUUCGACACAUCCGAAGGAGUUGCGAGCUGAACACGCGCCGGUGUCGUUGUCGAUGGUCGGCGCCGAGGAAACGCGAAGGGCCGCAGACGCCCGACCACCUGUGUCGUCACUGCUGGUGCGUCUACGCGGCAGAGCCCAACUGGUCGCACAUAAAGUGGUGGAGCUGCUCCGUGACUACCUGCAGCGCCAUACAGUCCCUCUUCCAGCAGAAGUGGAGAGUUCAGGAGCCGAGUGUCCAGCCGCUCCACGCACCGACGCAGCGCAUCCUCAGCGGCAACGAUGCCGUCAGACCAUGGAGGAAGUGGCCGAGAACACGCGACCAGCCUUUGCAUCAGCAGCACCACUCACGGCUGCGGAAGGAAUCAUGCCGCCGCUGGGCAUUCAUGUUGGCGCACCCUCUUCCACCGCUUCGCGCCGUGAGGUUGUGCGCUUGCCCUCUCUAUGGCGGCUGCUGGAGCUGUACGCAUUGCAGCACUGGUCGUGUCUGUGCGCGCUUCUCAUGCUGAUCCGAUUCGCGGUGUGCGGCACCGUCAUCAAUCUUGCGCCGUCGUUUGCGAGCAUCGUGUACGCGCUUCUGCAGCGACCCUGGCCACCAUUGUGGUACUGGCGCUUGCAGAUGCUCUUCUCCGUCUCCGCCUUCCUCGCCAAGUGCGCUGCGCGUGUCUAUCUCCUCACCAUAGGGCCAUCUGUGAGCCUGACCACCUGUCGUUGGCUUAACCUGCUCCUGCUACGCGUCGACGUGACCGCGCCAUCCGCUCUGUUGGCGUCGUCGCCGUCCACGUUGCCGUCCGCCAUGCUCGGCAGCGAAUUCCACCGCGAUAUGUGGGUGGAUCUUAUGUUGAGUGGAUGCGUCGUGGCGGCUGUUGCUAUCCAGUGGGCGGUCGUCUACUCGGACCACUGCGUAUUCUGGAAUUACAAAGGCAAGCCUGGCGCGACGGCCAGCGUUUCGGUGGCCGCCUUCGCUUCAUUAGAGCCCUCCGGGCCGCCCACUCGCGAAGCACACCAGGACAAGCCGCACCGGGCCGUCGCGGAGCUGUGGGGAAGCUGCAAACGUCAUGUGCACUGCUGGAGCGCGCACCGCUGCGGCGCUGGCGCCGAUUACUACGCCGCGCAACUCUUCUUUGACGGCCUCUCGCUCGCGCUUUUCGGCUGGGCCUACUACGCCAUUGUGCCAGAGGACACCGCCACCUCUGAAGGUAACCUUCUCCACGCAGUGCAGCAGAACAACCUGCCAGGCAUCUUCGUGGCCACCGCGCUGGGGCUCGUCGUUGUCCUCUUCCUGGAGCGCAUCCUCUACGUGCUGCACGCCCUUUUCGCCAAGUACGUGCUACACUUCUUCUUGGCCGCUGUCUACCACGUGCUCUAUGUGCUCUGGCGCACCGCGCAGGAGAGCAAGGGAGGCAGCGGUCCCACCCCCUCAGCCGCCACCACGGCGUCGGUAUUUCUGCUGCUCUCUGCGAAGCUCGCCUCUCUUUGGUGUGGCGCGCUGCAGCUGCGUCACGGCUACGCACUGUAUCACCUGCAUGAUCCCUUCACGAUCAAGACGGACCUGUUUCAUUGGUUGGGCCACGUGACGUUUCGCGCUGUGCCGUUCCUCGUGGAGCUGCGUGUCAUGCUGGACUGGUCGUUCAGCGCCACAACGCUGAAAGUGCAGCAUUGGAUGCUCCUAGAGGACAUCCACCACACUGUGUAUCGGCGCUACGUCGACAUGCACGACCUGUACCACACAAGCCGUCACCAUGGGCGGCACUUUCCAUACCUGGUCCGCCUCUACCAAGGCGUUCUCGGGUUCACCGUCAUUCUGCUUGUGCUCUUCUUUCCUCUGUUUUGGUACUCGACGUUUAGCCCGCAAGUGCGCGCGAGCCACGUCACGGCCUGGGCGACAGAGGUGGCCUUUGCUGGGAUGUCUUCCGUGCCGCUGUUUAGCGCCGACGCCACGUUACGUCCGUUCAGCUUUCACGCACCAGAAACGCUUUCGUUGGGCGGCGCCACCGUGGAAACCGCGAGCCUCCAACGUUUUGCUGCCGUCACGGACACUUGGCAGACGGCGCAUGUCGCGUCGUGCAGCGCCCGGAUGUGGUCCUACACACCAGCAGCUCUGCAGGAAUUUGUCGAUCGGCUUGGUAAACGAACUGAGGUAGUUACUCUUCUUGCGCGUCACCGCGUCACUCGCAGCCGUGCCAGUGAGGCUACGAUGACCACGGUUGGCCUCGAAGAGUCGUACGAGCUGCCGUCCACCUCACAGGCUCUUCUCGCCGAGGCGCUCAAGGUGUGGCGCGCAACGGAUGACGCUGACUCAGCUGGCACGGCAGAAUACUCAGCAAGCGUGUGGGAGCCUGUUGUAGUCCCACUGCCGCUCCUGUACUCGCCGUAUGUGCUGAGCUAUGGAACGGGUGUCUCAUUCCUGUCCGACGUAACCAUGCAAAGGGCGAACUGCUCAUUGACACUACACCGCAUGGGGCGAUACCGCGGGUUCAGCUGUGUCAAGUGUGCCGAGGGUGACCAAAGCAGCACGGCAACAGCCACCUUCGCGGCUGCUACGACCGCCAAUUCCGCAGGCUCAUCGCAGAUCGCGUCACGAGCGGAGAUUAACGAAAUGUCAAGCCCAGUGACGUUUGUGGUUGCGUCCAACAACGUGGCGAUCGUGCAAAGCAGUUUCUCGCUGAUCCCCAACGUUGGCAUCAUCGCCCUCUACACGAGCUUUGUUUUGGUGAUGAGCAGCUACAUCCGCAACUACUUUUCUGGCGACGCGCACCGAGUCGUACUCCUGCAGCUGGCCAAUCCCGACCCAGUAACGGAGCUGCUGCGCUACCUGUACCUCGCCCGCUCCUCCGCGAACGACGGACAAGUAGGUGACUUGGUCAUGGAGCAGCUUCUCUUCCUGGAGCUUCUCGACCUCCUCCGCUCACCAGAGCGCCUACUGCGACUGGGUGGCCGUCGCGUCGACGACUACGCAGAUGCAACCUACCGACAAGCGCUCUACGACGCGACGAGGCGGCCUUUUGCGCUUCCAGAUAAGCGAAGGAGUUAG